UCAGAGAGCACAGCCGAACGGAUCCGACGGGAUCGGGGAAUGUUGAUUGCUUCAUCCUCAUUAAACCUUCUGCACUAAUUCACCAGCAUCAAAGGACAGCAGCUCCUGUGGGUUUUCACUACCAGCGGUUUUAUUGAACGAAAUACAGUGAUGCACGGCACCGGAGCAGAGAUGAUCCCGGAGGUUUCUGCCGCCGCGAGUUUCGUUUGCAGACUCUUGCGGAGCCGCGGACGCUUGAGUGACGCGCAGCUGCACGUGUUCAGAGACUGUCUCGCGCACGCGCUAUCAGAACACUACCAGCACCACUGGUUCCCUGACAGGCCGCAGAAGGGAUCCGGUUACCGCUGCAUACGGAUCAAUCAUGAAAUGGACCCUCUGAUUGGCCGAGCGGCCGGUCACAUCGGACUGACCAGCGGGCAGCUGUUCUCGCUCCUGCCGCGUGAGCUGACGCUGUGGGUCGACCCGUACGAAGUGUCCUACCGCAUCGGCGAGGACGGCUCCAUCUGCGUACUGUACGAGGCGGAGCCACCCAGCUCAAGCCACGCCCCCUCAGCGUACGACCACACGGCGAACUGCAAAAGCCGCUUCAUGAUGAGCGGUCGCACGAGUCCACCCAAAAACUACCUGAUGAUGGUGUCCAGCUGAACGCACGCGACCGGUGUCCGCCGGUGUCGCGCCUUACCGCCGAAAGUCUACCGUUCCUGCGACUUCACAUUUCAGGCCUUUAUUUAAGACGAACUUUAAAACACUGGUUGUUGCGCAACCGGACAACUGACUCUAGAGAUAUUUCAGCACUGUGACUGCCACUGUGUUUAUUUUUACAAACCCAAAACAGGUUUUGGGUGUUUCCACUGGUGCUCACGCACGGUUUCAGUGCAAUUACGAUGAUACCUCACGACUCUCGCAAGAAUGCAAAGCAAUUUGAAUUGGGCUUUGCGCAAACCUUUUUAGCAAUUUGACUUCAGAUUUUUGUACGUUUGCAAAGCUCACUCAUGAUGAUAACAAUAUAACUUGUUUGCGCUUUUGCUUGCUA